AUGGACUCGGCACGCCCGUCGCUGGACGACACGAACAAGGCUGCCAUGGACACCGUCGACGAGCCCAAUAAGCUUCAGAAAUAUGCAUCCGCCCCCAGCAUCGUCGACGAGGUUACUCGCGUGGUCGACCACAAGGCCGAGCGACGUCUCUGCCGACGGUUCGACCUGCGCAUUCUGCCGAUUCUAGCUGUAAUGUACCUCUUCGUGGCGCUAGAUAAGGGAAACCUGGGAAAUGCAAAGACGGAUGGAUUGACCGAUGAUCUCCACUUCAAGCCCAAUCAGUACAACUUGCUGCUCUCAAUCUUCUUCGUGCCCUUUGUGAUCUUUGCCCCGCCCUUGGCCAUGCUCGGAAAGAAGUUUAGUCCCGCGCGCGUGCUACCGAUCUUGAUGGUUUCAUUUGGCUCAUUUACCCUGUUGUCCUCGGCGGCGCAUAACUUCGGAGGGAUCUUUGCGCUUCGCUGGUUCUUGGGCAUGGCCGAAGCCCCCUUCUUCCCCUUGGUCAUUUACUACCUGACCACCUUCUACCGUCGCGGUGAGCUGGCUCGUCGGCUGGCCUUCUUCUACGCCGCCUCGAACAUCGCGUAUGCCUUCUCGGGCCUCAUUGCGUUCGGCGUCUUCCAAAUCGAGGGUUCGAGUCUCCCGAACUGGCGUUAUCUGUUCAUCAUCGAGGGAGGUGCUACCGUCGUCUUUGCGGUAUUUGCCUGGUUUUACCUCCCCAAAAGUGCGGCCGAGGCCCCGUUCUUAUCUGAAGAAGAAAAAGCGCUUGCUUUCCAUCGUAUCCAGGUAGACUCGAGCGCGGUGGUCAAUGAGGAGUUCAGCCUUCGCGAGGCACUCGGCAUUUUCAAACAACCCACCACCUACGUUUUUCUCUGCAUUGAAAUUUGCCUCGGUGUUCCAUUGCAAGGCGUGGCGCUCUUCAUGCCUCAGAUCGUGGCACGACUCGGUUACUCGACCGUGAAGACCAAUCUCUAUACGGUGGCCCCAAAUGUGACCGGUGCUAUCGUGCUACUGAUUCUUGCAUUCUGCUCGGACUACAGUCGGCUGCGGUCACCUUUCCUGGUGCUAGGGUUUCUGCUCACCUUUACUGGUUUUAUGAUUUAUGCAGCCAUUGAUGAUGUCCACAAAGAACUCCAGGUGGCAUACUUUGCGACCUUCAUGAUGACCUGGGGCACCUCCGCGCCGUCGGUGAUUCUGAGCACCUGGUAUAACAAUAAUAUUGCGCACGAAGGUCGCCGUGUGCUCUUGACCAGCAUUGGCGUGCCUCUAGCCAACCUGAUGGGUCUGGUCGGCAGUAACGUGUUUCGGGAGCAGGAUGCGCCCAAGUACCUGCCGGCCCUGAUCACCGUCGGGGCCUUUGGUGCCACUGGGGCCUGUCUGGCGGGGCUGUUGGGACUGUAUAUGCUGCUGGAUAAUAAGCGCCGCGACCGCCGUGCCGGGGUGACACUCCGUGCCAGAGACAUCCCCACGGAAUGCUUGCGGGAAGGUCCGUCCUCCGCGCAGUUCAGAUGGCUCAUAUGA